AUGCUGUUUCAAACCAGUUUGAAAAAAAUCCUCAAGUACGUAGAUGGCCCUUCCGAUAGUUCAAGCAAAAGGAUCCGCCAAUACGCUGAUGAUGGAGUCGUCUUUGUGAGAAGGUUCAAGCGGCAAAACUUAAAAACUGGAGGAAGCAGCCCAGAGAAGCCAAGUGCCGAUCUUCUGUUUGUUGAAAAAGAAAGGGAAAACUCCUCCGGACGGUUUAAAUGGGCGUUAUGCUAUGACAAGGGAAAGGAUAAAGGACUGUUCAAAAGAUACAGUAGUCAUUUGAGCGUAAAGGAGGCUUAUUCUAAGAAAAAUUUGUAA